AAACACAAACACUUGAACCAAUUGAACCCUUUAUGGGGGCAUUCAAUUAAUUCUAUUUUGGUUAGAUGUCGAAGACGCGUUUAUGCCUUUACCAUUUGAGGUGGUUUUAUUUAACUCAAGUCAAGAGCAUGAACCGGUCAACAAGCUGGAAUAAAAGCAACGUAUUUAUUACGACUAACUGACUUUUGGCUCUGCUAACUGGACAAUUUUUAGUAAUCGAAAUUACUUUCUAUUUCCGAUAAUUUUUCAGAAAAAAUUUGGAGAAAAACCCAGACUAGUUUUAGUCUCGAUUUACAUGUUUCUGUAGAUUGUUUGCUGUCUAAAGAACUCGUUGCUACAAGCCCAAAUUUUCAGACAGGAACAACAAAAACAAGACCAUGUUAGAAGACAAAGCUAACUCAUGGUGUUCCACAGUUAUUCCAUUCUUAAUCCUGAUUACAGCUGCUACUGCUGUCUCAACAAGUUCUCUAGACAGAGACAAAGAAGUCUUGCUGAAUCUGAAAUCUUUUCUGGAAAAACAAAAUCGAGUAAAUCGAGGAAGAUACUCAGAAUGGAAUCAAAGGAGCUCAAAUCCAUGUGACUGGCAUGGAAUCUUCUGCUCUCCGGACGGGGCAAGAGUCAAUGGUAUAGACCUCUCUGAAAGCAAGAUCUCUGGCGAAAUAUUCAAGAACUUCUCAGCCUUAACUGCACUUCAACAUCUUGAUCUCUCACGAAACACGCUAAGUUCAGUGAUUCCUGAUGAUCUGAACAGAUGCCACAACCUUCUGUACCUUAACCUAUCACAUAAUAUUCUAGGAGGUGAGCUGAAGCUGACAGGAUUGACCAGCUUAGGGAAGCUUGAUUUGUCCACUAAUCGAUUUCUUGGGGAGGUUAAGCUGAGUUUCCCAGCAAUUUGCAACCGACUAGUUGUUGCAAACCUUUCAAGGAAUAAUUUCGUGGGUAGAAUUGACAAGUACUUUGAUGGGUGCUGGAAUCUGCAGUAUCUGGACUUGAGCUCCAACAAGUUUACUGGUAACGUCUGGACAGGGUUUGCAAGGCUAGUGGAGUUUUCAGUUUCUGAAAACUAUGUCACAGGGCCAGUUCCAUCAUCAACUUUUUCGAAGAAUUGUACUCUCCGAGGUCUGGAUUUAUCAGAAAACAAAUUCCAUGGUGAGUUUCCGGGGGAGAUUUCGAAUUGCAAGAAUUUGGUUAUCCUCAAUCUGUGGGGAAACAAUUUUACAGGGCCAAUUCCAUCAGAGCUGGGAUCAAUUUCGACCCUUGAAGGUUUACUAUUGGGGGACAACCGUUUUUCGAGAAUGAUUCCAGAAUCUCUUUUGAAUCUGAAGAAAUUGGCCUUUCUGGAUUUGAGCAAGAACAAUUUUGGUGGACAGGUACAAGAGAUUUUCGGGAGAUUCAGACAGUUGAAAUCUCUUGUACUUCAGGGGAAUUCAUACACAAAUGGGUUGCAUUCUUCUGGGAUUCACAAGCUAAAAAACAUUUCUCGACUAGACCUAAGCUACAACAAAUUUUCUGGACCGUUACCAGCUAAAAUCUCUCAAAUGCUAAAUUUGAAGUUCUUAAUCUUAGCCUACAAUCAAUUCACUGGUGCUAUACCACCGGAGUAUGGAGAAUUGUCACAACUACAAGCCCUUGAUCUCUCCUUCAAUAGGCUCACCGGAUCGAUCCCGCCUGCCCUUGGAAACUUGAAAUCUCUCCUGUGGUUAAUGCUGGCAAACAACUCACUAACUGGUGAAAUCCCACGUGAGCUUGGGUACUGCUCAAGCUUAUUAUGGCUAAACCUUGCAAACAACCAACUUUCCGGAAGAUUCCCUCCUGAGUUAACAAAUAUGGGAAGAAAUGCUACUCCAACAUUUGAAUCAAAUCAGCAGAGUGACCAGAUGAUUGUUGGUCCCAGCGAGUGCUUGGUGGCGAAGAGGUUGCUAACUACAGAUUACUCACCUUUUGGUUUUGUGUAUACAAUUCUUACCAGGAAGAUUUGCAGAAGCAUAUGGGAUCGGUUACUUAAAGGAUGUGGCUUUUUCCAAGUUUGUGUUCGAGGUUCACCGGUGCGGGAAAAUCUAGUCUCAGGUUAUCUUCAACUUAGUGGGAAUCAACUCUCAGGGGAGGUUCCUUCAGAUAUUGGUAAGAUGCAGCAUUUAAGUGUGUUGCAUUUGGGGUACAAUGAAUUCAAUGGAGCACUGCCUACAGAGAUUGGACAAUUGCCACUUUUAGUCCUAAACAUCUCCAGGAACAAAUUUUCUGGACAAAUUCCAAUGGAAAUUGAGAAUAUGAAAUGCUUACAGAAUCUUGAUUUGUCACACAACAACUUUUCAGGCACAUUUCCAACCAACUUCAAUAACUUGAAUGAGCUUAGCAAGUUCAACAUUUCAUUCAACCCCCUCAUUGCUGGCAGAAUUCCCGGUAUCGGGCAAUUAGCCACAUUCGAAAAAGAGUCCUACUUGGGAAAUCCACGUUUGCAUAGUCCACUCUUCAAAUUGGAGGAUCCAACUCUUCCACCAUCAAACUUGAGGGACGAAAAUGGACCAAAAUCUGAAAAGCGAGUCUUUCCUGCUAAACAAACUGAAGAUAGAUUUUGGUGGAAAGCAUUGUUAAUGGAGUAUGGAUGUGGAAUGGUAUUCGGAAUGGUUAUCUUAUAUGUUAGUUUUCGAAAAGUUCAACCGAAAUGGUUUUUUACCAAGGUUGAAGCCAUGCAUCAAUGGAAGAUAGAUCAGUCAUUAAAGAGGAAUUGUAGCAGAGGUGGUGGAAGAAUUAUUUGCUGAUUUUGAGUUCAACCUUAUUGUUGUACAUAAUGCCAGCCCUACAGCUUUUUAGGCACAUUUCUAGCUGCUAGUAGUAAUAAGCAAAAGGCUCUUCUCUUGCAAUCUUUGGAAUUUGAUGUGUUCUUUUCUGGUGAAUUUGCAUAUUCCACACUUAUCCUGCUUUAAUAUGUAGAUUCUGAAGCAAAAUUUUAAUAUAUUAUGUUUGAGAAUGUGUUUGAUUUAGAAAAUUUUGAUUAUAUGCAAAACUUAAA